UAAACCGUACGCAGAAGCCUCUUGCUCUCCUACUAAAUUCCUCCUCUCCUUUCGCCCAUCCCAAUUCCCACGCUACUCCCCUGCGGCCUCGCUCCAAAACUCUCCUCCUCCAUUUAGCGAGAGAGAGCCUUAGGAGAAAAAGAAUGGGACGCCUCGACGCAGAGACCACCACCACAGUGGGCUCCUUCCUCUCGGACAAGACCGCCAAGGUGUUCGUCGCCGGCCACCGCGGGCUCGUCGGCUCCGCCGUCCACCGGAAGCUGGUCUCCCUGGGCUUCACCAACCUCCUCCUUCGCACCCAUGCGGAGCUGGAUCUCACCCGCCAGUCCGCCGUCGAGUCUUUCUUCGCCGCCGAGCAUCCCCGCUACGUGAUCCUCGCCGCCGCCAAGGUCGGCGGCAUCCACGCCAACUCCACCUUCCCCGCCGACUUCAUCGCCGUCAACCUCCAGAUCCAGACCAACGUCGUGGACGCCGCCCUCCGGUGUGGCUCCGUCCGCAAGCUCCUCUUCCUGGGCUCCUCCUGUAUCUACCCCAAGCUCGCCCCCCAGCCCAUCCCCGAGUCCGCCCUCCUUUCCGGCCCCCUCGAGCCCACCAAUGAGUGGUACGCAAUCGCCAAGAUAGCUGGCAUCAAGAUGUGCCAGGCCUACCGCCUCCAGCACGGCCUGGACGCCAUCUCUGCCAUGCCCACCAACCUCUACGGCCCCUUCGACAACUUCCACCCGGAGAACUCCCACGUCCUUCCCGCCCUCAUCCGCCGCUUCCAUGAGGCCAAGAUCUCCGGCGCCAAGGAGGUCGUCGUCUGGGGCACUGGAUCCCCUCUCAGGGAGUUUCUCCACGUCGACGAUCUUGCUGAUGCUGUUGUCUUCUUGAUGGAUCGCUACUCGGGCCUGGAACACGUGAAUGUCGGCAGUGGGAAGGAGGUGAGCAUCAAAGAGCUGGCGGAGAUGGUGAAGGAGGUGGUCGGGUUCCAAGGGGAGCUGGUCUGGGAUGCCACGAAGCCGGACGGGACCCCCAGGAAGCUCAUGGACAGCUCGAGGCUGGCAGGGAUGGGGUGGGAGGCGAAGAUCUCGCUCAAGGAUGGGCUUGUUGAUACCUACAAGUGGUAUGUGGAGAACGUAGCAAAGCACCAGCAGCACUGAUGUUCUGAUGUCCCACUGGAUCAGAAUGAAAUGAUCUUUUAUCAAGAGCAGGAGACAAAUAGCAAUCUUUCAUGCUGUCAUAUGAGGGACUUGUAAGCUGUUUAGCCACCAUGAAGCCAGUCUGGGAAUGCUAGUUCAAUGAUGACCACUGAUGGAGGAAAUACUGGUAGGUUGAAUCUAAAUUCUAAACCAUUUUGGAAAUCAUAUGUUAUCGUUGCUUUUGGUUGUCUGGAAUCAUUGGUGAGCAAGAUGACAUAAUUAACUUUAAAGUCUGGGGUAGAAUAUGGUGUCCAAGAUGUUGGAUUUUUUAACACAAGUCUUUGUCUGCCAUGCCAAAAUGUGGUAUAUCAUGCAAGGAAUCUGUUGUCUUGUGACUUUAUUUGAGAUGCCAAGGUCAUGUAUGUUCAUAGAGAAGGUAAUUGUGCAGUUGACUGGGGGCAUAGAGAG